AAAGAGAGAGAAAAUCAAUUAGUCUAAAGGAAGGGGACAUCUCAACAAAUACACGGAGGAAGAAAAGUCGCAGCAACGCAUUGGUGAGUUGACGUAAGAGUGACGCGGUCAUCCUCGCCGGAGAAGAAGAUGAAGCAGAGAACAUGGCCCGACAGAUCUCAAGGCUCUCGUUUCACCUCCUUCCCCUUCUUCAAACCCUACGACAGGGACAGACGCUGCAGAUUCUCCUUCGGUACCUCCAUAAAGUUCGGUUCCAGGCCCUCGCCUUCUCCCGACCUGCCUUCUCCCUCGUCUGUUAUCGCAGCUGAUUUCUCGGCGCUUCCGUACGAUGUUUUGACGAAGAUUGCUGCUCCGUUCAGUCUGCCGAACCUGCAAGCGGCGUCGGGGGUGUGCAGAGCGUGGAGGGAGGCGCUGCAGCCGCUGAGGGAGGCGAUGAUGCUGCUUCGGUGGGGGAAGAGGUUCAAGCACGGACGAGGCAGUGUGCGCCCCAACCUCGAAAAGGCCCUCGAUUCCUUCCUGAAGGGCGCGGCGCGUGGAUCCGCGCUCGCCAUGGUCGAUGCCGGACUCGUGUACUGGGAGAGGGGGGAGAAGGAGAAGGCGGUCGCCUUGUAUCGGCGAGCUGCGGAGCUCGGUGACGCUGCUGGUCAAUGCAACCUCGGAAUCUCCUAUCUUCAAGUUCAGCCGUCAAAUCCGAAGGAAGCAAUGAAAUGGUUGAGAAGAGCAGCAGAGAGUGGGUACAUCCGAGCACAGUAUCAGUUAGCCCUCAGCCUGCACCAAGGCCGUGUUGUUUCUCCCAACCUGCAAGAGGCUGCUAGAUGGUACCUAAAGGCUGCGGAGGGAGGGUACGUGCGAGCAAUGCACAACAUAUCGCUUUGCUACUCUGUCGGGGAAGGUUUGCCCCAGAACCGCAAGCUUGCAAGAAAAUGGAUGAAACGGGCUGCCGACCAUGGCCACUGCAAAGCUCAGUUCGAACAUGGCCUUGCUCUGUUUUCUGUAAGCCCAUUAAUUUCACAUUUUUGCUGCUCUUUCGUUCAGCAGGGUCCUGUGCAAGUUUCUUUAGUAAUUUGUUUCAUAAUAUGGAUAGGAUAUGUCUUUUUACCACAGCUUUUUUUUCCAUAGUUUUACACUUGGAACACAAUGUGUGUUCUAGAUGCUGGUCAAAUCUCGAGUUAAAUAGGUUCAAAGUGGUGGCUGAGACGAUCGGUUGUUUCAAUUGUUGUUUGAUUGGGGUGACUGGUAGGCUGGGCUGUUUUCCUAUAACAUCUUGAAUUGCAUUGCAAGCAGAAAAAUCUAUUCGUCUGAGAUUUUCUUGAUUUAUAAUGUUUUGAGUUUGAUGGUUCAACUUGUGAAGUUUUUGGAAACCAAGCAUGAUUAAAGUUAUAUGACAAAUGGGCUGGGGC